AACAACCAAACUGCGCUGACUCAGUUCUAUUUAUACAAGUUACAAGCGCAUACGAUGCAGUUUCACGUCUGUGCUAAUAAUUCCUUUAGAUGAAAAUAAGUAGUAAAGAAAAAUGGCAGACCCUGUUGAAGAAAAGGUGGUAAUGACGCCGAAAUGUAAAACAGAAACGUCCACCAUCCUUGUGGUCGAAAGGAAGGCAGUCGAAGCUGAGGCCAGCGAUAAAACCCAUGUUGCUGGCGGUGACCACACGGGACUAAUUAUAAAUAAGGAAAAAGUUUAUGAAAAUGGAGUCACAGAACCUUGCCAUGCUCAAUUGGAAUUUUGGGUGUACCUCGUAUCUGUAGCCAAUGGAUCACACACCAGAGAAGCGCGGGCCCUCAGAUUCUGGUUCAAACCACAAACACCCCCUAGUGAAAGAUCCCAUGAAGCCCAAGCCUUUUUCCGAGAGCUUGUGAGCCCACAAGACUUCCCUAAAGAUUACGUUGGAUUUAUAAAGAAGAUCAUGAAAUUGAUGCAGCAUAAAUACCACCAACUGAAAAUCCUGGAAAUAGAGCUAAGACAAGAGGGCAGGAGAACACCACCACCUGCUUUUAUUGAAGAUAGUGCCGCAAGCCAGACUCCAAUAAUAUCUGAACAAAGAGUUUUGGACAUGAUAGAGAACGCUUAUCCCAACCCCUUGACUGUUGAAGACUUCGUGUCCGCGGGAAAAUGGUCCAAGGCGGACAUCAAAGAUGCACUGGAGUCAUUGGAGGAAAAGGGCCUAACGCGCACCAUGUCCGAAGGAUUGUAUAUCCGUCAACAUAGUGUCGACACGCAGGUGGUGAAACAAAUGCCAACGUUGUGUUCGUCACGGCAACCCAGCAUAGCCGUGGUCACGGCUCUGUACUGCGAGAAACAAGCUGUAGACGCCAUGAUGGACAACCAAGAGACGUAUGUGCGCUACACUACUGUGGGUGAAUCGAACGUCUACACCCUGGGCACGAUAGGGGCCCAUAGAGUCGUCACAACCAAGUUGCCUUCCGUGGGCCGCACUCGGGAAGCCAUGACCGCUGCCGGCAACACGACCACAAGACUGCUUGGAAUUUUCCAAAAGGUGGAGUACGUAUUCUUAGUCGGCGUCGGCGGCGGAGUGCCCCACUACACGGAUUAUGCGAAGCACGUGCGACUGGGUGACGUGGUGGUGUCGACGCCGGCACCUGACCUCAGCGACAAGUACGUUUAUAUCUUCUGUGAGAAAGCAGACCGCAACGAAAAAGGAGGUUGGGACUACGAGGUCAAACCUUACAAACCAUCGAGUUUCCUUCUCCAAGACAUCGCUCUACGACUCACAAGCUCUCAAACGGCACCGUGGAACUCUUACGUUGAGGAAGGUCUCCAACGCCUGCGCAGCGUCCCAGGACGCUGGGAGCCACCAGAGGGCGCCACUGACCGCCUGUGCGUCGAGGUCGGCGCGGGCGCAUACAUCGAGGUGUCGCACCCGACGCCGCAAGGAGACCAAGUUGACCAAGCGGGCGGCAUCCGCGUGCACUGCGCGCCGGUGGCGGGCGGGCGCGCGGUGGCGGCGGCGGGCGAGGCGCGCGCGGCCUUCGCGGCGCACGCGCGUGCCUUAGCCUACGACUGCGAGUUGGACGCCGUGCUGGACAGUGUGGUUGGGAACAGGAAGGACUGCUUCGUGUCUGUCAGAGGCAUUUCAGACUACCGCGACGGCACCCGCGGCAAGGAAUGGCAGCCACACGCCGCGCUAGCCGCCGCCGCUGUCAUGAAGUCCAUCGUUGCCGCUAUGGACCCGCCCACAGAUUAAACACCUCACCUGCUAGCCUAGGACGCAUGACAUUAUAUCGUUUUAUCGAUUUUACACGAUAAGCCCAUACAUUUGUCGACGAUAAGAUUAUAUCGUGGCGUGCAUCCUAUGCUGGCUGGAGUUUAAAUACUCUGGAGGUCCUAUUGAUCUAUGGAACAUGACGUCAUUGUGCACGAAGAAAAGGGUUUGUCACAAGUAAAAAACUUACAUAACAUGUGUAUUUCGAUAUUUUCUCUCAAAUAUCCAGUGGUUGUUGAACUAUCAAUACCACUUAGCAGACAUAAAGUUAAUAUUUACUGUUUUAUUUUGUGUGUUUGCCUAUUAUAGCCUGACCAGGAACAUAAAAACCCUCGCCAUGUUGCGGAAAACUAAUGGUACUAAUUUCUUUUAAUGGCAACAGUAACUGAAAACUUCAUUGUCAUGUCACCUUGCAUGUCAGUCUAUUGCUGUCAAAGUGUAAACAAACUUUAUUUUAAAUGUGCGCAAUUGAUUUUGUGAAUUAAAUUGCUAAAAUCUUUUCAUAGUCGUGAAAGAAAAGUGGUUCACAAUGUGUUAAAGUAUUUGUCGAAGAGAAAUACUAAGGGUUCGGACAAUAUUUUCAUUGAAUAAUUUUUCCGACAAGGGUGUCAAAUUGACUGACAUGUUUAUCGUAUAGUACAGUCCACUAUGAAAAUUAGCUGUGGUUUGUUUCAACUACCUAUUUUAAAGUUUUUUGUCACUUUCUAAGUGUUGAAUUUUAUGGAAUUGGGAAAGAAGUACCGAGUUUGAAGCGUUCAUGAGCAGACAUUGCAGUUGAAUAUUCAAGUUCUGAAUUUGAUUAUUGAUGAAUAAUAAAAUAAAUCCUACUAGAUCGAUUGAUGUUUUCAUUUAAUUUAUUUAAACCAGGUUACCUAUAAUAAUAUUUUUUCGUUAAUUCAUGAAAAUAUCAAAUUAGCCCGUAAUCCUGAAUCCUGAUACAUAAAGUUAGCCUAUUAAUUUAACACAGGUACGACUGUACUCAGUGUUGCACUAUCAAAUGCAAUUGACGCGCCUCUAUGCCAGGGUUUUUAUGUUCCUGGUCAGGCUAUAAUUUGUGUUUUGUUCAUUUCUGACAAAAUUAAAAGUCAAUAUCUAUUGUAGGUAAAUUGAGACAUUGAUAUAAUGGUACUUAUAGAGAAAACUAAACCUCAUUUCUACGAUGAAUCAUGUUCCAUAGAAUACAAUGGAUAUUACCUAACACUGUUAUGUUCGUUUCAAUCCCUGGCGCGUUUAUUACCGGAAAUGUGGUAAUUAUACAAACAAAUUCUAUAUUUAAUUUUGUUCUAAGAAAACAUUGUAAUUAAUAUUGCGUUUGCAUACUAACGCACUGCCUCAUGAUAACGUAUGGAGCACUUUAUUUUUAAAAUCUCAGUUCGUUUUUCUUUUCAGUGUAUUCUUCUUCUUCUUCUUUUAUUAAUGGCGAUGAACUUGUGUAUUUUCGCCACAAGGCACACUGUUCCGCCAAUAUCACGUGCGCAGCUUUUACACAAUGUUUUUUGAGAAAUUUAAAUUCAAAGGUAUACUAAGCAAAAUACCUAAAACAAAGAGACAUCACAAAUAAGACAACACAAUACAUAAAAAUAACACAUACGAGUGAACACAAAUGGGGAGGUUUAGUUUGGAAAAAGUUUUACUGCCAACUCUUGCUUGUUACAAAAGGUUACAAAUUAAUUUUAUUAAUGUUAAUGAAUUUAACUAGAGAUUUCAAAGUAUGGGGAUUAGUAAAGUUAAGGACACAUUUAAGGUUAGUUGGAAAAGGGAAUUUUUUGGGAAGGAAGUCAUACAACGAAUGGUCAAUUUUGGGGCAGUUGAAAAAGAUGUGAUUAGCUGUUCCUUCAUCCAAGCCGCAUUCGCAUAUGGAGCUAUCCUUGAUCCGCAUUUUUGCGAGGUGUACAGGGGUACACGCGUGACCUAUACGCAGGCGACAGAUAAUGGACACUGUUCUUUUUGGUAAGUGGCGGUGCUUGAAAAACCAGGGUCUUGAGGGAAUAUCCUGUUGGAUAUCAGCAUAAUAUCUGCCUACGUAUCUCUUGGAGUUAACCCAGUGAGUAUUCCACGACUUGAACAGGUGUUUACGUGGGAGCGAAGAGACAUCAUGAGCAAAUAAUCUGUAGUGAUCCAGUGAACCUGUGGAUAUAGCGUUUUUAGCACAUGAAUCUACAGUUUCAUUGCCAGGGAUACCUCGGUGACUUGGGAUCCAGGCUAAAGUGACAUUUAAACCGAGCUGUUUACACUCAAAAAGGGCUUCUCUAAUUUUGAAAACGAUGGGGAAUUUAGUUUUGGAUUUAAAUGGAUUGGCUAAAAUAGAUUGGAGGCAGCUCAGAGAAUCAGUAAAGAUCAAGGUGUUAUUAAGACGGUGUGAGAUAGAGUAACGAAUAGCUUCUAGUAUAGCGACUGAUUCUCCUGUGAAGACUGAUGUAACUGGAGGACACUUAAAGCUUAGUGCUAUUCUGUAUGCAGGUAUCCAGACUGCUGCGCCAGUGCAUCCACCUUCGUCCAGCUUGGAGGCAUCAGUGUAAAUUUUUAACCAACCUUGCCAGUGCUCAGAGACAAUAUUAAUGAAUUCCUGACCAGCUGAGCACGAGUCCUUAGAUAUGCCAAAGUUGAGGAUUAUUGAGGGAUUGAAAAGAAGGGAAUCAUAGCUAUUGCUGAAAAGAGGAUUCAAUGGAAUUUUCUCAAUUGGAGUAGGGAGGCGGGUAAAUUUCCUGUAACUCAACAAAACACAAGGUGAACUCUGAGAGGAGUCAGAGCUACUCAGUGAAGAGAGGAGAGCCAUUUUUUCAUGCAGAGGGUGAUUGGAAUUUUGAGAAGUUUUUACGUAAAACCGGUCGCUUAGGUAUUGUCUACGCAAAUAUAGGGGAGGUUCCACACAUUCAAUUUGCAGAGCAUUAAUAGGCGAAGAUUUCAUAGCUCCCAGUAUAAUGCGUAGACACUUCGACUGAGUUUUAUUAAGUUUUUCGAGAGCAGCUUUAUUACAGGGGUCCAAAAGAAAUGAGGCAUAAUCGAAGUGGCUGCGGACAAUAGCGUUGUAAAGUAGUUUCUGUGAGUAUGGAUGGGCACCCCACCAGGUGCCUGAAAGGGCCCGGAGGAUAUUUAGCCCUUUUUCGGCCUUACCAAGGAUGUAAUUGAAAUGAGGGAUGCCAGACAACCGGGAGUCUAAAAUUAUGCCUAGGAACUUCACUUGGUUGUUACAAGGAACGCUAUCACCGUUCAGUGUUAUAUCUACCUCUGGUGUAUUACGUUUACGGGUGAAGGUGACGCAACUACAUUUUGGGACUGAAAUGGAUAAUCCAUGGUUUGUCAUCCAGGCAUUGAGAUAUUCCAGAGCAGUGUUUAGGCGCGAACUUGUUUCGGAUAUAGAUUUGGAUGAAUAAUAGAGGGCAAUGUCAUCUGCGUACUGAAGGAUGCUGCAAAAAGAUUCUACAGUUCUACUAAGGUCGUAUGUGUAAAUGCUGUAAAGUAGAGGGCUGAGUACGGAUCCUUGCGGAAGCCCUUUCCAGACAAAACGGGGAACUAGAGAGUCUUGGUAUCUCACUGCUAUUGAUCUUGACAUCAAUGUGUUGCAGAUGAGACGAACCAGUUUCUCCGGGAUACUCAGAUAGAGCAAUUUUUGCCUGAGUAUUGGGAGUAACACAUUAUCGUACGCAGAGGCAAUGUCUAAGAAGACCCCAACGAGGUACUCCUUGUUUUUAAAAGCUACGCGAAUAUCCGUCGUUAAAAUACUUAAACUGUCUAGAGUACUAUAACCUUUGCGGAAGCCAAAUUGGGAUUUCGCCAAAAUAUUAUUUGAUUCCAAGAACCAUUCCAAACGAUUUUUAAGCAUGUGUUCCAUUAUUUUAAGGAGCACGGAAGAAAGGGCUAUGGGACGAUAAGAAUUGUGAUCUAAAGGUUCUUUUCCUGGUUUGGGAAUGGGGAUUACAAUUUGUUGUUUCCAAGCUUCCGGUAGAGUACCUUGAUCAAAAAACGAAUUUAAUAAAUUAAGAAAGAAAAGUUUAGCACUAGCCGGGGAUUUAAUAAUAAAAGAAUAAGGGAUUCCAUCUGCUCCAGGAGAUGAAUCUUUUAAGCCGUCAAGAGCUGAUAAAAGUUCUUCUAAGGAAAAGGGACCAUCAAGAUUAUUUGAUUGGGGGAGAAAACAACUUGUUGAAGGAAGAUUAUCCAUAAAAGGAACAAAAGGAGGGGCCAGUUUGUCUGCAAAAUCAUUUAGCCAAGCUGUAGGGUUGUUUGACGGGGCAUUUAUAGGGAUUAAGGAAGUGCGGUAUCUUUUGAUUUGUUUCCAGACAAUUGAGGAAGGGGUCCUUGGAGACAUACUCUCACAAAAACUGAUCCAUCCCUUCUUUUUUUUUUUGGCUAAAAACUUUCUAGUUUGUGCAGCAAUUUUUUGGUAGAGGAUGUAAUUCUCCAUGGUCAUUGAACGGUUGUACCUUUUUUCAGAUUCCUUUCGUUUUUGGACACUGGCUGUACAUUCAGAAUCCCACCAAGGAGGUGAUAUUUUCCGAGACGGAUUUUUCAAAGGUAUGUGAUCAUCUGCUGAUGUUUUUAAUGUGUUCACAAAAUCACAGUAUACUGAAAGGGAAUUAACAUUAUUUACAGAAGGUAAAUUCUUUAAUUUUUCGUUGACUGAUGCAUGAUAGGCAAGCCAGUCAGCUUUAUUUAAAUUAUAUUUUAAGAGGGGAGGUGGUCGAUUUAUUGGGGGGUUAUUGUUAGGCAAAGAUACUAAAAUGGGGAAAUGAUCACUACCGAGCGUGCUGUUUAAAACUUUCCAAGAACAGAGUGAGGUCAAAUUUGGUGAACAGAAUGACACAUCAACAGCAGACGCUGGAUUUUGUGAAGGGGCACAUCUUCUUGUUGGACAGCCAUUAUUCAAAAUACAAAGGUCUAGUUCAUCCAAAAGGUCUAGGAGCAAUGAACCUGGAGAGUCGGAAUGGUAGGAGCCCCAUAAAACGUGGUGCGCAUUUAGGUCACCUAAGAUGAUAACGGGAGGAGGAACAGAUAAAAUAGCAGAGCGCAAUUCAUUGAUGGAGGAAGCGUUAGGUCGGGGAAUGUAAACAGAUAAAAGGGAGAUAUCAAAUAUUCGCAUAGCCACGACAUUAAUGUCUUGGCUAUGCGAAGGAAGGGGGAGUUGAUUAUAAGGAAGGAAGCGUCUUACAAGUAAGGCACUUCCCGCGUAGCCAUCAUUCCUAUCAUCCCGGAGGCAUGCAUAUCCCGAUACACGGAAAUGUGAACCAGGAACCAGCCACGUCUCCGAGAUAGCUAGGACUGAUGGUGAAUAUUUAUUGAUAAGAUAAGUUAAAUCAUGUUUUUUGCGUCUAAUACUUUGGCAGUUCCACUGAACCACCUCCUUGUCCAUUAUUAUUGUAGUUUAACUGUGAGAUUUGGGAAAGCAUUUGCGCAACGUUGGGCGGUAGGGCGGUAUUACGACCAGAAACAAUAUGGAUGAUGAGAGAUAGAACCAUCUGCAAAAGGUUAUCCUCUCCCAGGGAAGGAGAAGAGUCACCGUUCAAGGCACAACCAUUAGGUAGGGAGGAGGCACAAUUGCCAAUUAUGGCUUGGUGUGCCUGCUUGUCGUAACCCUUAUCUAACGGUGCAUGAGGGCGGGAUGUUCGGGGAAUGGUCUUUCGGUAUGAGACGGUUUGGUUGGGGCGUGAGGAGUGAGGUUGGGAAGGUUGAGAAGCGUAGCUGCUGGUUUGAUGGGAGGAUGGUGAUUUUGUAAUGUCCGCAUAUGAUGUGCGGACAGGAGGAAACUGAGAGGAGGCCUGGGAGUAUGAGAUGUUAUCCUGAGACAUUGUUACCUUAAUAGCCUUUUGACGAGAGUGCUCAGGGCAUGAUUUGUUUGUUGCAAAGUGGGAACCUAAACAAUUGAUGCAGGUGGCUUUGGCUUCUGUGGUAUUACAUUCCUCUGCCGUGUGUGGUUGGGAGCAACGAUAGCACCUAGGUUUGGACCUACAUUGCGUCUUGAUGUGUCCAAAACGACAGCAGUUGAGGCAUUGGAUUGUCGGCAAUUGGUAUGUCUCGACCGGAAUUGAAUUAUGGCAGCAGAAGACUCUUUGUGGCAGGACUUGUCCCUUGAAUGUCACUACCACUGAUUGUGUGGGGACCCACGAUGUUUGAUUAUCCUCCCUAACCAGUUUUCUGUUUAGCCGACGAGCCUUUAAAAGUAUACCACAACCGUCGGGGGUUGUUAAAGAUUCUGCUAGUUCGUCCAUUGACCAGUCAGUUGGAAUGUUCCUAAUGAGGCCCAUGCGGGUCACAUUAUAAGUGGGGAUGGAAGCAACAUAUUUAUACAUGGGCAGAAUUUCAUUGUUCAGGAAGUUAUUUGCUGCACUGGCUGAAAUGAAUUGUACAGAAAUCUUGUUUCUGCCGAUUUUCGUGACGCCGUCCAAGAUGAUGCCUUGAAUUUUAUUGGUUACUAAAAAUUUACCAAACCUCAUGGGUUGAAUGUAGGCUGGAGAAGAGGGUUCCGAUUCUACAUGGGAAACGUGAACUAAGAAAGGUCCUUUGUCUUCGUCACUAUAUGUUUUUGGGGCUAUUACAAGUGAGGGGUGAGUGUACAUCAAUUGGCUAUUUUGAGUAAUUGAUCCAUCUGUAUUCGUCCUCUUGGCCGGCUCGGUAUCAACUACCGUGUCUACAAGACGGCGUUUGGUCGCCGUUUGGGAAAAUAAAGGCGGGGAAAGCUCCAUAGCGGCGGCCUGAUCUGGAGGAUCAGGCGGAUCGGGAGGAAUCACCUCCAUUCUGCUAGGUACUUACCAAGGAAAGAUCAAGUUAAAUUACCACCACCGUUGUUUUAUUGAUAAUUGAGCUUAGGAUUGGAUUUCUGUAAAAAUGAACAGUGAAAUUACAAAAAAAUACGCUAGAAUUCCAGAAACACGUGUAGCCACUGACACUCGCGAACGGAACCUUCAGUGUAUUUUUGACCAUAAUUGUUUUUGGAUGUGAAUCUAAAUGUUUCGUAUAAUAUUCGAUAAAUGACUAGCGCGGCUUUUUGUGCACUUUAAUUAAAUUACACUACUUAAAGCCUAGCAUUGUGUGGGCACGUUGUAUCGCUUUUAUGAGUAUCUACAGUACAGUGGGUAUUUAAAGGAAUGUAUUAAUAAAUAGUAAUCUGACACUAGCACCGAAUUGCAUGAAAAAACAGAAGAUAUGUAAAUGUGGCGACUAGUGUGAGUCUAUCUUUAGGGAUAUUUGAGAUUAGUACUAAAUAUUUCGUACGAGUCGCUUCCAAAAUAAAACUUAUACGUGCCGAAAUAACGCUCAUAUGAAUGAGUUUAUUUGUUCCAUAGAGGUUUACUCUAUCUAUAUUAUCGAUAAGUUUCACCAGUGUAGGUACUUCAAACGGGACUUAUCUUUGCCUUAUUUAUUGUGUAGUUUUUACUAAAUUAUUAUGUACUCAAAGUAUAAUUAGCCGUACUGUUAAACAGUAGAAACUUUUACAAAUAGCCAUUUACUGCCAUAAAUUCUUCCAACGCGUGCGUAAACGUACGUCAGCUAAAACUAUUGUAUUCAUCACAAAGUUGAAACGUAGGUCACAAAUACUGUGUGAUGUAGACAAAUAAAUCUUGAGUACCAAUGUAAUUUAUUUACAGGUUCACUUGCCUUAGAUUUGGCUGUUACGAUUUAUAUAGGUGUUUAUAUCACUUAAGAGUUAUUUACACAAUGUAGUAAUAGAUAAAUGUAACGAAUCAUUUUAGUGAGAUAUUUGUUAGAUUACUAAGUUGUCUUGUCUGCCUUUACCUUACACGCAAGCAGCUGUUACCAGUGAAACCUAAACUGUAGGGAAGUUCAAUCUAUGGUUAAGUAAUUGUGAAUCCUUUUAAUCAUAUUGGGUGGAAUACAGCUGCAUGGUCUUAUUAAAUCUCAAAGAGCUUCGAAAAUGAAUAAUUUUAAUAUGUUUAAGUGUCCUUCCUUAAAAUGUAUCACGAAGCAGAACUGUGUUAAAAAAUCUUCCCAUUGUUUCCAUUUCUAGAUAACCGACUUAGGUAGGUUUUCACUCAUUAUUGUUUUUUGAAAUAAAGAAAAAUGUGUCAUUCAUACACAGAAAAGUACCAAAUAGUGUGGUGUUAAAAUAUUGUUUAUGUUUACAAGAGUAUUAUUACCAUGAUCUACUUUACACACAUUUAAAGCAUUCCGCUAUUAAUUUAGUUUUAGUGUUUUUUGUAGAAAACCAGUUUAAUAAUAGACCAUGUUUAAUCGCAUUCUAUAUCUAAAUUAUUGAUAGCAGUACAUAUAGGAUAAUGAGAUUGAUACAUCGGAGAAAUUGUAAAUGACAAGUACUAUUUAAGAGUAAUGUAUAUUUAACCAAAACUAGAACUACCACUGCCAUAAAUGGCCUAUUUAUUAUUGUUAAUAAUUUAUCUGUUGUGAAAUAUAUUAAAAACCAAAGUUUAGACUUUUGGCUGUUUGUAAACACCUAGUCUAGUCGUCAGAAUUGUGAAAUGAAUCGUUAUUUACAAAAUUGCAUAAAUAAUUUAUAAAUCCCAUAUUGUCAUUUUACAUAGGGAACUUUAUUAUCCUAGAAAUGUUGGUCUCAAACAAAUAAUUUCAGCCGCUAUCUUAUCCGGUUUUAAAAUAGUGAGCUUUAAUUUUAGUAAAGUAAUAAAUUAUUACUUACAUUAUUCUCUUUACAAAAUAUAUUAUGGGCAACAAACUAAUGCAGCUCAUUGCUAUAAAAGCCAAGUUUUUAAGAAAUCAGCUAUUUUGUCUUACUAACAAAACAAACAUCCUUCUCCUUAAUUGGUUAAAAAGUAUCAACAGCGGCUGAAACAAUAACAUGUUAAUUAAACAAAAUAUAUUCAUGUUAAUAUUGACACUGAAAUACUGCAUAGUAUUUGUUGUUUUUAAAGUUUUUUUUGUUUGUAGUUCUGAGUAGGAACACUAAUUAGCUUAGUUUUAAUUGUAAUUAUUUAGCCGAUCUAAUUUAUAAUCUUUUGUAUAUUUGGUAUAAGUCCUUACUUGUAUUUUUCUGUAUUUAUUACAAUUUUAAAGCACAAUAAAGUUAAUUUUAAUUCA